CAAUCUCUCCUUUGAAUCUUAGCAACUCCGAAAGGGUUAGUUCCUUGUGUUUCAACAUUGAAAACAGCACGAGUAUAGGACACAUAUGGUUUCAAAGUUCAUCCUAUGUUUCGAUGGGGAUACAAAGACAUGUGUUGUACUGAAAUUAACAGCUAUACCAAGUACUUUAAAAGUUCUGACAGUUGUAUAAGUGGUUAGGCAGCAGCAACAAGAAAAUCCGAACAGGAAUAUCGAUCCUUACAAACUCACUCAUAACCAUCAACUCGUGGGGGUAAUUUAAGAUAAAGAUGAUGAUUGUGUGCAAGAAAAGUGCUGAUGAGUCACACGUGCAAGAAAACAACCUUACCUUUCUGCAGCUUUAAGGUGGUUUUGUGUGAGCAAAGCAGAAAGCCAACGAACACAUGCAUAACCCCAAAGGCAGUCAACAUGGGAGAGAGAGAGAGAGAGUUGACCGGGUGUCUUGUGGGUCUUUAGCCUUAUUCUUAGCAUUUUCUUAUGGAGCAUGAGUGAAGAAAACGAAUAAAGAAAGAAGAAAAAAGAUGGGUCGGAUUCCAUGUUGUGAGAAGGACAAUGUGAAAAGAGGACAAUGGACACCUGAGGAAGACAACAAGCUCUCCUCUUACAUCGCCCAACAUGGCACCCGUAAUUGGCGACUCAUCCCCAAGAAUGCUGGUCUUCAAAGAUGUGGGAAAAGCUGUAGGUUGCGAUGGACCAAUUACCUCCGGCCAGACCUUAAGCAUGGCCAAUUCUCAGAGGCGGAGGAGCAAACUAUUGUCAAACUUCAUUCUGUUGUUGGCAAUCGAUGGUCAUUGAUUGCAGCUCAGUUACCUGGCCGCACCGACAAUGAUGUCAAAAAUCAUUGGAACACCAAGCUGAAGAAGAGGCUUUCAGGCAUGGGAAUUGAUCCCGUCACCCACAAGCCUUUCUCUCACCUCAUGGCUGAGAUCGCCACCACGCUGGCUCCGCCGCAGGUGGCUCACCUAGCAGAAGCAGCACUUGGCUGUUUCAAAGAUGAAAUGCUCCACCUCCUCACUAAGAAACGCAUUGAUUUCCAGCUUCAACAAUCAAACGCCGCACCAGGAACAAACACAGUUCCUUAUGUUACCAGCAAACAAGAGGAGAAAGAUGAUGCAGUUGAGAAGAUCAAACUGAAUUUAUCGAGAGCUAUGCAAGAACCUGACAUGCUACCCCUGAAUAAGCCAUGGGAGUCUUCUGGGGCAACAUCGGCUAAUUUUGCAGGGGCCUGUGGUGUUUUCCCUGUCUCUGUUACUGGAUUUCAGUAUGGUCCAUCUUUUGGUAAUGAAGGGGGUGGCUCACCAUGGAGCCAGAGUAUGUGUACCGGAAGCACAUGCACAGCAGGGGAACAAGGCAGGUCUCAUGACAAAUUAAAGGAUGAAAACGGAGAUGAAUCUGAAGGUGGAAAAGAAAUUAAGAAUGCAUCAAGCAUAUUCAAUACAGAUUGUGUUUUAUGGGAUAUACCAUCUGAUGAUCUUAUCAAUCCUAUAUAUAGAGAAGCUUUUAACAACAAAGAAUAGUAUAGGCAAGAACUUCUUAAGGAAGAAUAAACUUCUUAGGGAAAAGGCUAUAUGAGGCAAUGUAAAUAAAACUCAUUUUACAAAUUUCAA